UCCAAAAUCAUCACCUCCAUGACUGAAAACCCUCACGAACACGAUUGAACAGUGGUCCACCUAACCUUAACAUGUACUCCUAAUAAUCACCAACAGAAACCCAAAAAAUCAUCAAAAAUAUCUGACACUACACCGCAAAUAAUAAAAUAGACUGCAAGAUGUUGAAGCUAGUGGGAACCCUGCGGAAUGGUUCGGCGCGGUUAUCACCACGUUCCACCAACUGGUGCAUGCCGAAACAGCCGCUGGCCGGAUGCUCCGGGGCUGCGACAGCACCUCAGCCCAACCUGGAGCCGGAGCCCCCGUCGGCCCCGAAGACCGCGAAGUCCGAGGUGCCCCAGCGAAAAAAUGUCCUAGUGAAGAAAGCCUUCGCCGAGCUGAACAUCAGCAAAUCAGCCCCAGAGCCGGCGCCAAUGAACUCGGUGCAGCUCAUGGAGGAGCUCCUCUCCUCCAUGAACACGAAGUUCAUCAACUACAAGCAGGCAAUCCACACGAUGACCCUCCUCUCCCAGCAAGUGGACAAGGGAGCCAUCGACUUGAAAACCCUGGAGAGCGACGAGAGGUACAAGAAAUUAUGCCGGAUAAUAACGAGAAAAUCGGGGGCUGCGAAUGCCGCAAAAUCCGGGGAGGGGGAGGGCUCCAAGUCCCUGGAGAAGACGUUCUCAGUGGACGAUCUGCUCGAGUCAACGGAGGUGAAGAAACUCCCCCUGGCCCAGAGCAUCCAGUUGUUCUGUGGAUUAGCUGUCAGACAGAGACGACCCAGACCUCUUCUCCGAGGUCUCGCCGAGAAUAUCAUGAAGAGCUCCACCAGUUUAACGAUUAAAAACGUUGCAGAUAUUCUCUACAGCAUGGCGAGACUCAACUUCGUUGAGGAGGACCUCCUGGUGAAGCUCAGUGAGGGCUUGAGGGAGAAAAUACCAGGGGUCAGGCAGAGCCCCAUCAUCGGCUCCAUUCUCACGUCCUUGGGGAUGAUGAGGUACAGGGAUGACGCUCUCAUGGAAACAUUCUGCGACUGGGCCAUCAAGCACAAGGAGGUGCUGAGGACUCAGGACCUCUGCUCCCUCCUGAUGACUCUCGCUGUCAUCGGCUACAGUCCUGGCAAUUUCGAUGUUUUGUAUCAGGAUUUGGUGGGUAAUCUCAAGGACACUGACAUGACGAAGGUGUCGGAGUGGGUGGAUGUCGUGUGGUCGUUGGUCGUCCUGGAUCGGGUGUCUAACAAACAGGUGGAGAGCACGUUGAAUAGCAAGUUCAUUGCGACACUCACAGAUGGAGUCGACAUCCCCGCUGCCAAGAAGCAUAAAUUAUUGAAUAUAAAUGCUGCGGCGAAGUAUUUAUUGAAGGAUUACUCAGGUCCACUUUUGGAGGAGAGUUCACCAGUGAUGGAGGCACCGAUCGGCAGGAUCAAGGACAAGGAAGUAUUCGUCAAGGCCAUCACCGACGCACUGGCAAAUCUCUUUCCAUCUAGAGAACAUUUUCGAACGAAUGUCGACGCUCGGACAGGCUUUCUAAUAGAUGUCGAUUUUUAUAUUGAUAAAAAAUUGACCGCGUUACCUGUAGAUAAAGUCAGUGAAGAUGCAAAAGCUUUGAGGAUAGCAAUUAUCGCAAAUUAUUACCACGACUUCUGCGUGGGAAAAAGAAAUAGCCUAGGCUUGGUUGGACUUCACAAUCGAUUACUCGAAGCAAUGGGCUACCGAAUUAUUGAUAUAUCACACACAGAUUUUCACACGGACGAUAAAUUACUGAAACGAAUUUCAUACCUCAAUGAUCGUAUUAAAACCAUUGUAAAAUAGCUAGCUAUAGUGUAACGAUAAUGGUUGAUCAUGUAAAUUUAUUAAUACACUGUAUGAAAUUUUCUGUUAAA